CUUACUGAAAUAGAUUUAGAGAAAGGAAAGUAUUAGUAAACUGAAAAAGUAGGCAAAUUUGGAGCAAACAUGAAAAGUAAUUCAGAUGAGAGUGAUUAUGAAGAUGAAAGUUGUAGCAAUCAAGAUAAUGAUGGAAGUACUGGAGAAAAGGAAGUAUAUCCAUCCUUUUCUAACAGCCGGUCAUCUACUGAAAGACAUGGUAAAAAGAGAAGUCAUGUUGAUUUAACAGAUGAAGCUUCUGAUCCAAAUGAUAGUGAUUGCAACGAAGACUACUAUGAUGAACAUUUUGAUGAAAAGCAUGAUAGAAGUAUACAGGACAAACAUACUGAUGAUGUACCCUUAAAUAGUAAUGAUGAAACAGAAGAAACUGGAACAAUGAGGCCAAUAUAUGAAGAUUCUUAUCAUUAUAGUAAAAUACAAAAUCACAAAGCAAAAAAUGAGGCUGAUGUAAACAUUAUUGAUAAAGAAAAAGAAUAUGAUACAAGAGGUCAAGUAAGCAAACAAGAACCCAAAAAUGACCUUGGUACACAAAACAAAGUUCAACGAAUGAUGUUAAAAAUGGGGUAUAAAGAAGGUCAUGGUCUUGGAAAAAAUAAACAAGGUCGUUUAGAACCAGUACAGGCAUUUGAACAACAUGGUCGUAGAGGCCUUGGGCUUCAUGUUCAUGAAAUCAAAACUUCAGGACAUAAAUGGGAUCCUGCAGAAGAAGAAAUAAAAGUUGUUGAAGAUAUAAAAUGGACAAGGAAUCUAAAGGCUAAUUUACCAACAUCAGAGGAAAUGCAACUUUGGUUAAAAAAAGGACCUAAGAAAUUAAUUGCAGAGGAUAAAAGUUAUUUUUGUGAUGAUGAUAUAGUUAGGGAUGUCUCUAGUGCAAAAACAGUACUUGAGGAUUUGGAUGAUGUUGAAAUGCGCCGUGCAAGGAAACAUAGCAAUCCUUAUGAAACAAUUCGUGGUGCAAUUUUCCUAAAUCGUGCUGCUGUUAAAAUGGCAAAUAUAGAUAAAGCAUGUAAUUUCAUGUUUACUAAUCCAAAGAACUUAGCAAACAAUGAGCUAUUAUAUUUCGCAGAUGUAUGUGCUGGACCAGGUGGUUUCAGUGAAUAUGUUUUAUGGAAAAAAAAGUGGCAUGCCAAAGGAUUUGGCCUUACUUUAAAAAAUGAUAAGGACUUUAAACUAGAUGAUUUUUAUGCAGGCCCUUGUGAAACAUUUCAUCCGUAUUAUGGACCAAAAGAAAAUGGUGAUGUUUAUGAUCCCAGUAAUCAAGAAGCUUUCAAAGAUAUCAUAAUGACACACACUCAUGGUAAAGGAGUACAUUUUAUGAUGGCUGAUGGAGGAUUUUCAGUAGAAGAUCAAGAAAUGCUGCAGGAGAUUCUUUCAAAACAAUUGUAUCUUUGUCAAUGUAUAGUAGCAUUAAUGAUUGUAAGAAUAAGAGGUCAUUUUGUUACAAAGCUAUUUGACCUGUUUACACCGUUUAGUGCGGGUUUAGUUUACUUAAUGUAUCGUUGUUUUGAAGAAGUUUGUAUUUUUAAACCAAACUCUUCUCGACCAGCAAAUUCAGAACGUUAUUUAAUAUGUAAAAGAAAACGGCCUGGGACGGAAGAUGUUCUUCAACAUCUGAAGCAUGUUAACGAGUUUCUUUUAAAGGACGAGAAAAACGACGUUUUACAUUUAGUAUCAUUAGAAGAAUUGGAAGGAGAAAAACAAUUUUUACAAUAUUUACGAGAAUCUAACAACUCUUUAGGAAAGAGACAAAUAAUAGCUCUACGAAAACUUGCUGCAUUUUAUGAAGAUAGUACUCUUGUUGAAGUAAAACAAGCAAAAAUGCGCAAAGAAUGUCUUAAAUAUUGGGAAAUUCCUGAUCAAAGUAGAACAAUGCCAAGGCACAUGCCACCACAUGAGAGAUUAAAGCAUCUUUUACAAAAUACUGACUUUCUUUCUUCUCAUCCAACAAAAUUGACAAAAAAUAACAUUGACAGAAUAAAAAAUCCAUAUGAUUGGUUUUGUAUGCCCUGUGGAACGGGACUUUGUAAUCAAGACCAGACAAGAGAAGAAAAGCAAAAUGCCACAUUUUAUAUGGGUAUGGGCAGAAGUCAAGUGUACCGUUAUGUAAGAGGCACUUGGGUACUAGUUGAUGAUAUUAAAGUAGAAUUACCACCAGAUACACUUUUGUACGCGGAAGUUGUAUAUGAAAGAACAAAGGAAUCGAAACAUCAGCGAAAAGUAUUCGCAUUACACAUUUUAGAUGCAGUCAUCCUAGGAUCAGAGAAUAUUAGUCAAAUGUACUUAAGGGACAGGCAUGAGCUUGCAAAGAAAUUUUGUGAAGCAUUGUGGAAACCAGUGGCAAGUAAUUAUGCGCGAAUACGUGUCAAAGAAUUAUUUCCAGUAAGCUUGAAUAUAUGCGAAAGGUUACAAGUAACAAAACGCUUAAUGAAAAAUAAUCAUCCCGCUUUGGUAUACGAAUUUUUAGAAACACCUUUGGAGUGCAAUAAUUCUGAUAAUGAUAAACCAUACUUCAUACUAAAUAGUGUAAUUUUCUUAAAAAGUAUUGCGAACUCUUGGAGUCGAUUUUUCAGUAAAAGACAUUCCAUGACAUAUGUUUAUCAUUUCCCAACAACAGAGGGAAAGUUCGACGAGCAUAGACCACGUUCGGCAGAAGCGAGUUUCUUUGAGUCAUUUGAGAAUAGUAUUAUUUGGUAUUGGCCUAGCGAUGAAUCACUUACUAUGGAGUACUUUGCAACGUUUAUUAAAAAAAUUUGUCCUACGCAUAAUCGGACUGUAGAAUAUUAA